AGCAAGGCGAAAAAAGGAUCCAAGGAGGAAAAUAAGCAAAGGGAAAAUGGAAUAUAUGGUAAAAAAAAAAGAGAAAAAGAGAGAGUCCUGAAUGAGUAGGGUUUUGCUUUUGUGUGGUGUUUUGGUGUCAAAUUGACACUCUCUCGCCAUACUCUUGCUUUCCACCACUACUACUGCUACCCACCAAAAUCACCAAUAAAGGGGCAGAGUGGCUUGUGAGAAGCAGUCCUCUUGGGCUAUUGAAUCCCUGCCCUCAGCUCAAAAUCUCUCCGACAUCUUUCUUUCUUCUUCUUUUUCCCCCUUUUAAUUGUUCUUCUUCCUCUUCCUAUCUAUCUUUCUGCCUCUACCGCACAUACCCAAAAGGAAAACACUAUCUUCCUGUGUGUGCGGCUGUCUGCGAUGGGUGAGAGAAUACAACCGGGUAGUUUCUUCCAGUACCCACCUUCUGGGAUUCAUCAUGCUUCCCCUCAUAGAGCCACUUCGUUUCCUUCAGAUCGUGAGAGGUACUUGGCUGAACUACUAGCGGAGAGGGAAAAAUUGGUGCCAUUUAUACAAGUACUUCCACAUUGCAGCCGGCUGCUUCAUCAAGGUUACUGAAUCAUAUGAUCAAUCUCUUACUUCAAAUAGGCAGUUGAUCACAGACAUGUCAGUGCAUGAUGAAUUGCACUUGAGUAAAUGACUCGUAUGUAAACUAGUGGUUGUUGAUUGAUUAUCUCAUGGUAUCCUGUCCAUAUAUCUAAUUUUCUGUUUCAAUUUCGAGGAAACACAUGCUCUGCAGCGAGAAAAUCGGCAUAUUGAUGUACUCUUUCCUUUUUAGUGGAAGUGAGAAAUCUGUCAAAUAAAUCUUAGGAUGGUUACUAAGUAAUAGAUGUGUGAUUGUAUUGGUUUGACUCUUUAACUAUUGCUGACUACUGCUAAUGUACUAGAUUAACAUAACAAAGCUACUGUUAACCGCUUACAAGGGUUCUUGUUGAAUGCUUAUAUGCUUCUCUUGUACACUAACAUAACUGCAGAGAUCAGGCGAGUAUCAAGUUUCAAUCAGGGUUUUGAUUCAAUAAGAAUCGACUAUCAUGUAAAAACAAACAUUCUCGUCUGCCUCUUUAAGAUCAUUGAGGAGGCAGAAGCUACUAUCUAGCUUGACCUCAUGUUUAGUGGUAUAGUUUGUUUCAACUCUCAAGUUACUUAAUUAAUGGAAAUUCACAGGAUUUUUAAUACAUAUAUUUCCUGCAGGAAAGUGGGCAUCUCCAGAAAAUGGCUUCUUUACAAGCUGCUUCAAUUGGUUGGCCUGCAGUUCCUGGAAUUCCCACAACACCUGUUGUAAAGAGAGUAAUUAGACUUGAUGUUCCAGUUGACAAAUAUCCCAAUUAUAAUUUUGUUGGUCGAAUAUUGGGACCUCGUGGGAACUCAUUGAAAAGAGUUGAAGCCAUGACAGAGUGCAGGGUCUACAUAAGAGGCAAGGGGUCAGUUAAGGACUCCCUCAAGGAAGAGAAAUUGAAAGAUAAACCAGGGUAUGAGCACCUGAAUGAGCCACUUCAUGUCUUGGUGGAGGCUGAGUUUCCAGAGAACAUUAUAAAUGCUCGCUUGGAUCAUGCAAUGACCAUACUGGAAAGCCUGCUGAGGCCUGUGGAUGAGUCUUUAGAUCACUACAAAAAGCAGCAAUUGAGGGAGCUGGCAAUGCUGAAUGGUACACUAAGGGAGGAAAGCCCUAGCAUGAGCCCUAGUAUGAGCCCAAGCAUGUCUCCUUUCAACUCUGCAGGGAUGAAACGUGCCAAGACUGGAAGAUAAUACCGACACUAUUAGAAUCUGAUAACGAAUGCAACUGCUUUGAGAAUGAUGAUGGGCCAGAGUCCAGAAACUUGGGGAGGAAGGAGAAGAACGCUGGAUCUGCUGGCUGGAGUGUCAUAAGAAAUGGUUUGGAAACAAGUUUGAAGCUACUCCCCUCCUUUUCUCCCCGAGUGUUUUUGGUCAUAUGUUGAUGAUGAUCUGAGAUGGUUUGCCAAGAAGGAUAUUUGGGCAGAGGUUCUAUAUGGCUUAUAAGUUUUGCACUAUUAGUUUUGUUUGAUAUGCGUUUUCACCGCCGACCCUUUUUAUCUUAUAGCCCCAUCGUUAUUAUUAUCCCCUUGUAUUAUUCCUUUGAACGUUAAAACGCAAUAAUCUCAUUGGCUAAAGCUGACUUGUAUUUUGAUCAUAAUAUCUAGUUGUUCUUCAGCCAGCCAUGUAAAACUUUGAUUGGAUUGUCUGAAAAAUUCUUAGUAUAUGUAAUGUGCAUCAUGACCUUAUAAAUAGUCACAUGUUUUAGUUACCAUAUACUUACCUUUAU